AUGGAUGAAGGCUACAAGGAUGAAGCCCACACGGGUGAAAGUCACGAGCAUGAAGGUCAUGAAGAUGAUGAACACAAGGAAGAAAGCCACACGGAUGAAGCCCCAAAGGAUGAAGGCCACACGAAUGAAGGCCACACGGAUGAAGGCCACACGGAUGAAGGCCACACGGAUGAAGGCCUCACGGAUGAAGGCCAAACGGACGAAGACCAUAUGGAAAAAUGUUACAUGGAAAAAGACCUCAAGGAUGAAGGCCACACGGACAAAGGCCACAUGGACUUUGGCAACAAGGAUGAUGACAAUACGGAUGAAGGCUUGUAG